AUGGAGUUUCUCUGGCUUCUGUUCAUGAUGAUCGGGAUCCUUGCAAGGACUGGGAUGUCUCAGGGCUGCACCCCACCACCAGGGGCUCAGAACUUGGCGCUGGGGCGCCCGGCCACUCAGUCCUCCACGCUCCCAUCUGGCGUGGCUGAGAAAGCCGUGGAUGGAAAACGUGAUGGGAAGUGGGAACAAGGCUCCUGCAGCCACACGCAGCUCGACACAGAGCCGUGGUGGAUCGUGGACUUGGGCAGUCGUCAGUCUGUCUCCGCGGUGAUCGUGAAGAACAGGGAGGACGAAUGCUGUGGGGAGAGAAUCAGGGGGGCCCAGAUUCGUGUGGGAGACUCGGUGAUCGACCAUGGCAAGCACAACCCCAUCUGCGGGACCAUCACCGACACCAGACCGGGAUCCGUCACCACCAUCUGCUGUAACGGGCUGGAGGGCCGCUUCGUCACCAUCGUCAUCCCGGGCAGGGCGGAGUAUCUCACCCUGUGUGAGGUCGAGGUCCUAGAUCGGGGCUGUGCCCCACCACCAGGGGCUCAGAACUUGGCGCUGGGGCGCCCGGCCACGCAGUCCUCCACGCUCCCAUCUGGCGUGGCUGAGAAAGCCGUGGAUGGAAAACGUGAUGGGAAGUGGGAACAACGCUCCUGCAGCCACACCCAGUUCGACACAGAGCCGUGGUGGACCGUGGACUUGGGCAGUCCUCAGUCUGUCUCCGCGGUGAUCGUGAAGAACAGGGAAGACGCAUGCUGUGGGGAGAGAAUCAGGGGAGCCCAGAUCCGCGUGGGAGACUCGCUGAUUGACCAGGGCAAGCAGAACCCCAUUUGGCUUUUGCUCUUUUUUAGCUGUGGGACCAUCACUGAUACCAGACCGGGAUCGGUCAGCACCAUCUGCUGCAACGGGCUGGAGGGCCGCUACGUCACCAUCGUCAUCCCGGGCAGGGCGGAGUAUCUCACCCUGUGUGAGGUUGAGGUCAUAGCUCAGGGCUGCACCCCACCACCAGGGGCUCAGAACUUGGCGCUGGGGCGCCCGGCCACUCAGUCCUCCACGUUCGAGAAUAAAGAGACAGGAAAAGCCGUGGCUGAAAAGGCCGUGGAUGGAAAACGCGAUGGGAAGUGGGUACAAGGCUCCUGCAGCCACACCCAGUUCGACACAGAGCCGUGGUGGACCGUGGACUUGGGCAGUCGUCAGUCUGUCUCCGCGGUGAUCGUGAAGAACAGGGAGGACGAAUGCUGUGGGGAAAGAAUCAGGGGAGCCCAGAUCCACGUGGGAGACUCCUUGGCCGACAAUGGCAAGCAGAACCCCAUCUCCUGCCCAGGCCCUACCAACUUUAAUAGAUCUAUCUUGCUGUGGUCUCCAGUGCUGUGUGCUCAGAGUAACAAGCUCACCAACCCUACUUCUGACUCCCCUGUGCUCCCUAAUCGCAGCCUCUCACUCUGGUCUUCUGUUCUCUGCAGCUGUGGGACCAUCACCGAUACCAGACCGGGAUCCGUCAGCACCAUCUGUUGCUACGGGCUGGAGGGCCGCUACGUCACCAUCGUCAUCCCGGGAAGGGCGGAGUAUCUCACCCUGUGUGAGGUCGAGGUCCUAGCUCAGGGCUGUGCUCCACCGCCAGGGGCUCGGAACUUGGCGCUGGGGCGCCCGGCCACUCAGUCCUCCACGUACGUCGAUAACGACAGGACUGGAAAUGCCGUGGCUGGAAAGGCCGUGGAUGGAAAACGCGAUGGGAAGUGGGUACAAGGCUCCUGCAGCCACACCCAGUUCGACACAGAGCCGUGGUGGACCGUGGACUUGGGCAGUCGUCAGUCUGUCUCCGCGGUGAUCGUGAAGAACAGGGAAGACGAAUGCUGUGGGGAGAGAAUCAGGGGAGCCCAGAUCCGCGUGGGAGACUCCCUGGCCGACCAUGGCAAGCAGAACCCCAUCUGCGGGACCAUCACCGACACCAGACCGGGAUCCGUCAGCACCAUCUGCUGCUAUGGGCUGGAGGGCCGCUACGUCACCAUCGUCAUCCCGGGCAGGGCGGAGUAUCUCACCCUGUGUGAGGUCGAGGUCAUAGCUCACGGCUGUGCCCCACCGCCAGGGGGUAAGGAGCUGGCACAACGUACCAAGGUGGGCACCGGUACCAGUAGUGGCCAGCAGGUGCAAGCUGGCCAGGAGGAGAUUCCCCUGGAGGCUGGGACAGCACAUGCCUCCUUCUCCUCAUCACCAGAAGACGAGUUAAUGCUUAAGGGGUCUUCUCCUCCCCAGGAUGACCUGAGAGCCCACCAAGACUUACUUAACCGGGUCGCCUCUCAUUUGGGCCUUCAGGCGGAGGUGGUCAGGGAGAUGUCUGUGGUUUCCUGGACAUUUUGA